AUGUCCAACAGUAGCUCAUUUAAAUAUUUUACCAUUCGGUACUAUCAGAUAGUACCGCCGAUGGUAUUGAUUAUCGGGUGUAUUGGCAAUAUUUUGAAUUUGGUGUUAUUCACUCGGCGCACUCUUCGAAGUAAUCCUUGUGCAAUCUAUUUUUUUCUUCUAUCAAUAACAAAUUUGAUCAGUCUAACGUUCGGUUUACUUCCAAAUUAUCUUAUUAAUGUGUACGGUAUUGAUAUUUUAACAAGCACCAUGUUUUUCUGUCGAUUUCGUUUUUUCGUCGUACAUUGUUCACUUGCUAUAUCGUCAUGGUCGAUUGUUUUAGCUGGUAUUGAUCGGUUUUGUAUUAGUUCUCGACAAGUACGUCGUCGGCAGUUUAGCACCCUGAAACAUACUCAAGUAGCAACUGUUAUUCUCAUUAUUAUCUGUUGUAUCAUCUAUAGUCAUGUUCUUGUUCUUUUCACAAUUGAACAAACAUCAACCGGUCGCAUGUGUUAUGCACAAUCAGGACCGUAUCGUAUAUUCUACGACUUCUUCUUUUUUGCGACGUAUAGUUUCACGCCACCUAUUCUAAUGGUUCUACUUGGCUUAGGAACGUUGCGUAAUAUCCUACAAGCACGAAGUUUGAUCAAACCUCAGGAGACUAAUGCCAUGGCAAGAGCAUCAAUACAGCAAAAUGUUUACGUUCAGAAAAAAGAUCGGCAAUACUUGAAAAUGUUGCUGGUGCAAUUAGUCUUCACAGUUACGUUGACAUUACCUAUUGCUAUUCAAAAACUGUAUACAACAUUCACAGAAUAUCAAGUGAAAAGUACCAAUCGAAUAGAAAUUGAAAAUUUCGUAGCAGAUUUUGUUCGAACAUUAACACAGAUCAACAGUGGAUUGAGCUUUUUUUUGUACACCUUAUCAAGCACCGCAUUUCGUCGUGAAUUACUUGUGGUUAUUCUUAAAUUUGUCAAGAUUACAUUCGGAGUGAACAAUUAUGUAUAUCAGUGGCUGCAGAAAAUUGCUCGACCCACUGUAUCGCACCAUGCGGAUACGAUGGCACAUGCGCACGUCGGUACUCUACGUCUCAAAUCAAUCGGACAAUGA